AUGGACGAAGAGAUCUCGCAAUUUGUCUCUAUCACGGGGGCUGACCCUGAAAAGGCCAGAUUCUACGUGGAGUCCGCUCAGGGUAAUGUAGAAACAGCCGUGUCGACCUUCUUCGAGAGCGAGGCUGGCACGACUGCAACUCCAUCUCAUGCAGAGGAUGAUGCCGAUGGCUUGGCUGGUGAGUUUGAAGCGGCCAUCUCCGAGGCAACGAGCGGUCCGAGGACGUUGUCAGGCGCUCCUGCUCCAGGCCUGCCAAGUAAUUGGCAAUCUCACGCUGCUUCUUCCAACUCGCAGCCAGCACGGUCUGGUGGCAUCGCUAGCUUGCGUGAUUUACGUGACUCUGCCCAGGCCCCGCACGCUGCGGAAGAAGACGGAGAUGACGAUGAGAAAAGGGACCGUGACCCCGCCCACUUCUACACUGGCGGUGAGCGCAGUGGUCUGAGCGUGGAAAAUCCCAACAGGAGAGCGAGGGGUGGUAAUGCCCCCGACAUAGUACAAGAUAUUCUUCAAAAGGCCGCUGAGGCCGGCCAGCGAGCUCCCGACGAGGACUGGGGAACCGGGGGGGUAGCCGCACGUGGCGCUGACGCCCGCCAACCUUCCUCGUCGAGCUUCCUGGGGACGGGAAGGACUAUUGGCGACCACGGACCACCUUCCGACGAACAAGAGACUGGUGGCAGCGUACCUGGGGCGCUCAGUCAGACCAAAGACGACGAUGGCGAGGACGACGAUGACUCGUCAUCCCUGGAGCCCGUCGUAAGGCACAUUACCUUUUGGCAGGACGGUUUCACCAUCGAAGAUGGGCCCCUUUGUCGCUACGACGAUCCUCGCCAUGCGGAGACGCUAGCGGCCAUCAACAACAAGCGAGCCCCGCUCCACCUGCUCAACGUUGCCUUUGGCCAGCCCGUGGAGCUUCGUGUGGACAAGAGGACCAAUGAAAAGUAUAAGUAUACACCCCCUCCACUAAAGGCCUUUAGUGGGUCCGGUAAUCGUCUAGGAAGCCCGGCGCCGGCAAUGGGAGGAGCAGCUUCGGCGUCGGCCUCAUCUUCGGCGGUUGCCUCGGUUCCCCAAAGUAGUUCGCCUGCGACGCCGGCACAUUUCGAGGUCGACAGUAGCAAGCCUACGACGCAGGUUCAGAUCAGGCUCGGCGACGGGCAGCGCCUCAUUGGCCGCUUCAAUCAUGAUCACACUGUCGAAGACAUGCGACGCUACAUAAAUGCAUCCCGACCCGGCAUGGCUACUCGCGGCUACACGCUCCACGCCUCAUUCCCACCCAAGGUCCUCGAGGACGAGAGCCUGACGCUAAAGGACGCAGGUCUGAUCAAUGCCGUUGUGAUUCAGAAAUGGACCUAA